AUGAGCUCAGAAACUCUGAAGGAGCAUGGUCAUGCUGCUGCUUCUGGGAAAAAAUCUAAGAGGAAGCCUAAGAGAAAGGAAGUGUUUUCAGUCUACAUUUACAAAGUACUGAAGCAGGUGCACCCCAACCUGGCCAUCUCCUCCAAGGCCAUGAGCAUCGUGAACUCGGCUGUCAGUGACACGUUGGAGCGCCUGGCCUCACAGGCAGUGCAGCCACUGGCCACCAUCGGCAGCCGUGUGCUCCUGCUGCCUGCAGAGCUGGCCAAGCACGCCGUGUCCGAGGGCACCAGAGCCCUCACCAAGUACACCAGCAGCAAGCAGCCAGUAUUUCUUACCGGAGGGGUCCGGAGGGAGCCCGAGCACGUUCUGUCUGUCCGCAGGGCUGAGCGCGGUGUCCGGAGCCAGCGGCCGCGUCCUGGCUACAGCAGGCGUGGGGAGAUCCUCAUCUUCGCUUGCUUAAAUUUCAUCGGCUGCUCGUUUGUAUCUGGCGAAGUUUCCCUGAUGUAUCAAAAGUUUAUUACUUGUCUGCCUGAUGUAUCACGUACAAGUUCUUCAAAUGACCGGCAAAGAGGGUGCCUCAUCUUCUUAAAAUAA